AUGGGGCGGCGCGAUGGGUGCGCGCACGGCAAGGGCGGGUCCAUGCACCUGUACGGCGUGGCGCGAGGCUUCUACGGCGGGUGGGGCAUCGUGGGCACGUCGCCGCCGCUGGGCGCGGGGCUGGCUCUGGGGCAGAAGCUGGCGGGGCGGCAGGGGGAGGGCGUGACUGCCGCCGUGUAUGGUGACGGCGCUGCCAACCAGGGCCAGGUGUACGAGGCGAUGAACAUGGCAGCACUGUGGCGCCUGCCAGUGGUGUUCGUUGUCGAGAACAACCAUUACGGCAUGGGCACCUCUGAGCGGCGUGCAUCAGCGCAGACAAGCUUCUUCGACCGCGUCAACUACAUCCCUGGCCUGCUCGUGGAUGGCAUGGACGUGCUGGCAGUCAAACAAGCCAUGGAGUAUGCCAAGGAGCAUGCCAUCGCCAAGGGUCCCAUGGUGCUGGAGAUGGACACAUACCGCUACCAUGGUCACUCCAUGUCCGACCCUGGCAGCUCCUACCGCCAGCGCACCGAGAUUCAGCAAACCCGCCGCGCGCGCGACCCCAUCGAGCGAGUGCGACGCCUUAUACUAGAGCAUAAAGUGGAGAGCGAGGAGGGUCUCAGGCAGGCAGAGAAGAGGGUUAGAGCAGAGGUGGAUGCAGCAGUGAAAGCUGCCAGAGAUGCAGCAGAGCCCAGUGAGGAGGACUUAUGGCAACGUGUCUAUAAGCUGGACAAGGGCAUGGUGUUUACCGCUCCGGUUGUGAGUGAACAGAGGGUGGAGAUGCCAUAG